GUGUUUCUAAAAAUAUGAACUUUGUCAAUGCUUUGAAAGUGCUUGUUUUACCAUUUGCUUCGCUGAGCCAGUGUUUAUUGUUUAUGUUGUUCAUGCUGCUAUGUCCAGGUAGUUUGUGCAUACGCGCCUGUGUCUUCGUUGUCUGACACCUCAUUAAUAAGGUGAGAAAGUUAAUAAAAUACCAACAAGGUAGAUCUGGAGCUUGAAAAAAAAGGCACAGUCAUGGAUGAUUUUCUUGAUGUACCUGAUGACUGGUUAAAUCAACGCAGAAAAAGAGAUUCUGGACAUUUACAGGAAUCUUUGUCAGAUCCCACUUUGGCGUCCACACCAAAGAAAAAUAAGAAAGAUGCCAAUUACAAUGAAUCUGAAAAUCAAGGUUUGGAAGGACUCCAUGGUGAUCUGUCUCCUCAAACUAAUGGAAUAGAUGAAAGUCAUCGAACAGUUUCACCUUAUAGAGAAGAUCUUCCCGAUUUGACAAAUGGUUCAAAAAGUGAUGUUGUUGAAAAUGGAAGUGACGCUUAUGAUUUUGAAUGCUCUGCCUGUGGUGAUCACGUGAACGUGAAGAAAAAUACUGAUAAUUCAGUAAUUGAAAUUUCUUCAACUUCAGAGACUUCUCUGAGGACGCAAGAGGAUAGUUCCAUUAAUGAACCAGAUUUUCUGGGUAACACUCUACCUGCACAUAUUCCCCAUUCUCCUAAUAUUGCUGAUGUUGAAUAUGUUGAUAACAAAGAAGAAAAGAGUGAGGGGUCAGCAUCUGAACAGGCACACAGUGUUGUUGGUCUUUCACGAGUGGAUGCGUUGCCGCCAAACAAUGUUGCAGAUGUUGCAAAACAAGAUGUUCCAGAUAUGAAGAAAGUAGCAUCUGUUUUGAGAGAUGCUAAAAUUAUCUCAGGGAUUGUGUCAUAUAAAAAUCUUAAUAAUGUUUAUGAUUUGUUGUUAGACAACAGAGAGAGACCAGAUAGACUAGACUUUGUGACUUCAGUUCUUCUUGAUGGAAGUGGGAAAGGUGGUCUUGAUGAUAUUCAGAAGACUCCAGGAGUACAGUUGUUAGACAUCUUUGAAGAAGUUGAAUUGGUUAUUAAAAGUGUCUCAAACGCAGAUGCUAAUGAAGUGUAUGCACUUUUAGAGUCAGUGCCACCUUCGUCUACUCGAGUGAAAUGUGUUAUUGAGAUACUGAAGCAAAAACCGAUUCUAAUUAAAGAGAGUGAAACAAAGACUGUUCCAGUUCUACUGAAAAAAGAUUCAUCUAUUAUAGAUGAUCCUCUUCUAGCAAAUGAUCCUUUGUUCUGUGACAUGCGAACUGUUGCCAAAAUAUUUCCAGAUAAAGACAGGAAUGAGAUUUAUGCUCUGCUGGAGGCUCAUUUUGAAAAGAAAGACAGGCUGCAGACUGUGAUAGAUGAACUCAUGAUGACUUACAGAGGUGAGGACCAAAGCCAAAACUCACAAGCACAUGUGGCCCAGGCUGAAGAACCCAAUCCACCAUCAGAAGAAAGUUCGGUGGAAAGGGAUGUGGAGAAAAUGCAAACAUUGUUUCCUGACUGUGAUCCAAACUACCUGUUUGAAAGACUAGAACAGAUGGGCUCUGUGAAAAAUCGCACAGAUGUACUGGCUGCAGAACUCUUUGACCGUAAGAACUAUCCAACAUUGAAAGACCUGGAGGAAAAAGAGGAAGAAAAGACAAGGUUGGAUAAGCUGCGCAAUCUGAAAAUCACUGUUGAGGAAUUUCAACAGAAGUUUCCGGAACCAGAAAAGACUUUCGGGGAUAUUACCAAAGACCUUUCACCAUCAUACAAACAGCAUGCCGAUUUGUUCUUGAAGAAUGAGUUCCGUAUUCUUCAGGCUGGUUAUUUGAAAUCAGUUCUGGAAAGACACCAAGGACACGUGUUGCCUGCUUAUAGAGAAAUUUCCUCUGCUUUAUUAAGUAUUCCAAUAGCUGAACGUAAGCAACAUAAAAGGUUUCUCAAGAACAGACGGGGCAUUUUGUCUAUGCCCACGAUACCUGAUGAGUAUUUCUACCAUGAGAUGUGGUUUAUUCACAAUGAACAGAACAUUGCAGAUCAUGAAAACAAGAAAGUGCAGCAGAGACAAAUGAAACUGGAGGAAGCCAAAGCAAAGGGAGAGCUGUAUGAAUGCUGCUGUUGCUUUGAGGAUGAAUGUCUAUUUGAAGAUCUUGCCAGCUGUGCAGACGGCCAUUUGUUCUGUAAGACAUGUGUGUUAAGGUCCACAGAGGCUGCAUUUGGAGAAAUGAAGACAAAGUUUCCAUGUCUGACUGGAGCAUGUGACCAGCACAUAACCUUAAACACAAUCCAGUCUAUAGUGCCGAGCAACCUGUUCUCCAAAAUUAUCCGGCGCAUGCAGGAGGAGGAGGUUCAACAGGCAAACAUCCCUGAUUUAGUCAUCUGUCCAUUUUGUCCUUUUGCUACCAUCAUGUCAGAUAAGGACGACAAAGUGUUGAAGUGUCUGAAUCCUGAGUGUCUUAAAGAAUCCUGCAGACUAUGCCAAGAACCGAAUCACAUUCCUCUGAGAUGCAAUGAAGUGGAGAAGAAAGCAGAGACUAACAUGCGCACGUUUAUUGAAAAUUACAUAUCUGAGGCUGUGAUGAGGAAAUGUCACCGCUGUGGGAAACGCUUUGUUAAAGAAAAUGGUUGCAAUAAAAUGACAUGUCAUUGUGGUGCCACCAGCUGCUAUGCUUGCAAGGAGCCUGACAUAAAUUAUGACCACUUCAAUGCCAACAAAAAAUGUGCCCAGACAGAUCCCAACUGGAUACAUCAGCAGGACAUGGAAAGGGCAGCUCUGGAGGCAAAGAACAAGUAUCUGGAGGAUCACCCAGAAGCAACAGAAGUAGAAUUGAAAAAUGAUGUGGUGGACAUGAUCAAAGACUACAAAGACCAGACAGGAGGACCCUUUAACCCUAACAUGCGUGUUUAUGAGGAUUCUGAUGAAGAACGUGACUCCGAUGAUUAUGAUGAGGAACAUGACUAUGAUGAUUAUGAUGAGCCUGAUAGAUAUAUGGAUAAUGAAAAAUAUGAAGACUCGAGCUCAGAUGAGGAUGUCCUUCCAUUUAUAGCUGCAGCUUUUUAUUAAGGGGAUGAACAAAAUUGUGUUGGAACUGUCUGAAAAGUGUGUGUGCUCCAUAUUGAGAGUUGUUUUUAAAAAAAUUGGGGUUUGAUUUUUUGUGUGUUUGUGUGAAAGUGGUAAGUAGGCACUUCAGUGAA